UUUUCGUUUACGACUCGAGACUGAGGAAGUGGAUUCCACAUUGAAUGUGGUCAGUGGGUUUCAAAUUACAUACAAAUCACCGGAUUUAACUUUACAGCAAAUGUAACAAAUAUCCCAAUAACGGUUUGCCUGUUUCGGAGCAGACUGUGCAGCUAACGUUAGAUUACUUCAGUCAGUGUCCUGUUAAAACAUUUAGGCACGGAUAGAGCUAACGUCACUGAACCAGGAUACUGAACGUAGCACACGCCGGCAGCGAAACCACUCAUGUUGAUGAAAAAGAGAGGCCAUUCGUGUUUGAUAGCGUCCGGUAUGGCCGCAGUAGUUGUGCUCAUGGUGGUGCUGUACGGCACCAUUGGCAGCCAGCAGCCAGGCAGCUCCAGCCUCAGACAUGACUACCAGCUGCUGGGCAGACCCCUGUACAAACUGGACCUGAGCUGGCCCAAGAACCCAGAGCUCUUCACCGGGGAGGUAUUUGGAGUGGCUGUCAACCAGUAUGCUGGUGUGGUGUAUGUGGCACAGAGAGGUGACAGUGUGCCCAAGGUGCUGGUGUUCACCACACAUGGAGAUUUCCUCAUGUCCUGGAACACAACCACCCUGGAAAUGCCUCAUGGGAUAUUUUUAGCAGACACUGACUCAUCAAGCCCCACUGUGUGGAUCACAGAUGUGGGGAAUGGUCCAUAUGGUCACUGCAUCAAACAGUACUCACCAUCUGGGAAGCUCCUGCAGGUGCUUGGUACACCAGGGAAGGCAGGCUCUGGGUUGAACCCUCUGCAGUUCGACCAGCCGGCUGAGAUCUUCGUCCACGACUCUGGAGAGAUGUACAUCGUGGACGGUGAUGGUGGGAUGAACAAUCGCCUCAUCAAGCUGUCCAAAGAGCAGGAGGUGUUGUGGAUGCACGGAGAGAAAGGACAAGGCCUGGCUCAGUUCUACAUCCCCCACAGCGUGACCGUGGACUACGCCCAGAGAGUGUGGGUGGCCGACAGGGGGAAUAAGAGGAUCCAGGUCUUUAACUCCAUCACCGGGGACUGGCUGGGGACGUGGGGGAGCUGCUUCACUGAGGACGCGCCCUACUCUGUCCGCCUGACCCCAGACAAGAAGUACUUUGUCGUUGUCCAGCUCAACACCAACCAGAUUUCGCUGCUGGAUGCCCCACCGGUGGGUUUGAUUGGCCAGUGCAGAGUGGUCAGUGUGAUCCAGCUGGCUGAUGAAGUGAAGCCCCACCUGGUAGACCUGGACCUGAAGACAGGGGCCCUGUACGUGGCUGAGAUUGGAGCUCAGCAGGCCCAGAAGUUCACCCCCUUCAGUCUGGGUGGGAGUUUCCUGUAGAGCCACACUGGGCUUUCACUGAAGAACUGAAAUGGCAUGAUUGAUCAGAAACUAACUGUGCCACUGCUAAUCAUUCAAAACGGGCCGACGUGUUGUGUAAUUUGCAGUCAUGUGACCCAGAAAAAAUCACAUAAAAAUUCUUUGUCAGUAUGGUGAACCCUACUAAUAAAACAAGAUAUCUGAGGUUAAGAUGUCUAAGGUAUCCCCUGACAUUCCUGUCUCAUAGAAAUUACUUUUUUAUACCACUAGUUCGCAACAACAAAUAUGUUUUGAAAGAAACGCAGUCCCAUCUGGAAAACCUUUUUGUUUAAUCAACAAGAUAAGGAAAGGUUUUUAAUGAGAGUAUCCACAAAAUUACAAAAAGUUCACACUGAACACAGUUUCAAAAUGCCCACAACAAGUGACAACAUUUUUUCUUUGGUUUUCUUAUAAUAUCUGCUCGUUGCAAAGAAAGCACGAUUAUUGUUUCUGUGGUUCUGUUUAGGCAACACCCAGCACUUUGCUGAAGCUUAGGGAAAGCUAGUGGUCCUGUUUAAAUACUAAAAAAGUCAACGGUGACUUGAAGCAUGAGUGACGAGAACAGUCACUUCAUACAGAGGCUGUGCCCGGCACUCCUGUUCACUAAUUCAUCCACGGUAUUUGGCAAGACCAUUUAGUUGGAUAUAAAUGUCAUGUCUUUGAGACAGGGCUUCCUCUGACGAAGCAUGUGCUGUUUUAAAAAGUUAAUAAUAUUCAGCAUUCAAUACUACAUUGGAAUUCAGCAUAAAAUACAUCAGUGGCAUAGGAAAAUAAUUGAUAUCACUGGACAGGACGUCUGUAUGUAUUUAUUGUAAAACAAAUGUAGAAAUGGGCAUGGGUCAUUUCAGUAAUUAGUGUUAGGACAAUCUUAGUGUAAAGUGUGAAACAAAACCACUUCUGCAUUUAACACAUUAACGAGCAGUUACAGAAAACCAGGGUUCUUCACAAUACAUUAGGGUUGGCUAUUUGUUACAGAUCCACUGUAAUCAAUAAUUGCUAUUUAAAGGUUUUUCAUUAUUAUUUGGUGUUUGCGAAGUUAUGGGCCAUUGUGUUUUUCUUGACUUUGUGCUUGAGAAGUCAAGAGCAGAGGUGUUUCCUUUCUUUACUGCAGACACUUUCAACUCUUGUAGUUUUUGCUGGGUCAGCCUUUUGCCAGUUUAUGGCUGUUUGUUGUUUUUUUAAAGAUUAUUUUUGGGGCUUUUUGCCUUUAUUAGAUAGGGACAGCUGAAGAGAGACCGGAAAUCUGGGGGGGGGUCUGUUUUUAAAGACAUGUGUACAUGUGUAAAAGGGUAGAACUGAAUUGAUUUGCACACAGUUUAAUCUCAGUUGCUAUGAAUAUCGUUGGAUCUGAAAGCACUUCAUAAUGCAGUGAAUAAAUACAGCGAUGAUGAAAAAUGAUUUUGCCAUUGUAGGUGUAUAGUUUAGUCUCUCAGUAAUUGCAGAAUCAGCUGUAUUUUGAUGUUCUCAUUAUGUUGAGAAAUGUAUUGUGACUGUGUUGCCACUGUCAGUCACUGUGCAGGUUCUGUGGGAGAAUGACUGAUUUGUGAUUUACCUGGAGAUUCAGUGAGGUAGGAAGUGAUACUUGUGGCCCCUUGCUGCUGUUAGUUCAACAGUUCUUCAGCAGAGUGACAGAAAACAAGGAAUCCCCACUGUAUAGAAUAGUAGGAGUGUUGCACUUAUUUUCUUUGCAAUGCAGUGCAAAACUCUGUCUAGUAACUGAGCUAUAUGUGAAUCAUGAGACUUUUGUUUUCAGAGAAAAUAGGCUUGGAGACUAAACUGCAGAAAGCCUGCAUUGCUGACGGGCUGUGGAUUUGAAAAUGAUGUGGGCAUUUGCCGGGCAGGGACAGUCUGACGUUAUGGGUAAUGUAGAAUUCAGCCUUUUUGGAUUUUGACCCAUACUAGGCCUCUGCUGCCUCAAUUAUGUCCAUUCUGUUUUAAAUCUGUCUCUUGUGAGUCCCCUAACUUUAUGGAAGUGCAAUACUAAAUCACUGGAGUAGUCCUCUAACGGUUACAUGAUUCGUGUGUUAAAACCCAUUUGUUGAGGCUUCUUUUCUGGGAAACAUUUUGUGGUUGAGUGCUAUAUUUUAAAUCAGUAUAUCCAGGCAUUGGUUUGUCUCCACUAAACUGUACUUGAAACAUUUUGUAGUUUAGAAGUUUUUUUUUCAUAAUGUAAUGGUGCUUUUACCGCCACUUCCUUAUGAUUCCAAUACUCGGUCUGGAAAGAUUAGUUUACUUUAUUUCCAUCAGAAUUAUCUUAACAGCGCAGACUGUUUUCUCACGAUGAAUGAAUUAUCUAAUUGUCUUAAGAUAACAAAUAAUGUGUCUGUGGUGUCAUUUAUUUUUAAGACGGUUAUCCUGACAUAACUGUCUCAUGUUAAUUACUUAAUUUUAAUAUGAACGUCAUUUUGUUUUAAGUCUGAAGAUAAAUAACUGAAUGUUGAAUCUGAAAGUUGUGAUCUCCAGAUAGCAGCCUUCUAUCUACAACUAUAGUCUCAAAUGUGCCCAUGAUGCAUUUUUAUGUCCUCGUAUAGUUUUAGAAACAGUGUUCUAUAUCACACCGAAGGUGAAAUCCUGUAUAUAAAACAGGCAAAGUGGCCAAUGAGUUUAAACUGAAUGAAGUAUAACUGUCCUGAUUGGUUUAUUUGGUGUCAUUUUCACCAUUUUUCAUGAGUACAAUGAAAUGCGGAUGUGUGCAUUUCUUUGCAUAAUAUUGAUGCAUAAAUAUGAUACUUAAAAUUAAAAUAAUUGAAUCAUA